AGGUCUCGGAGCUCCGCGUCCGGCACCGCCCGAGUCCAGCCCCGCCCGCCGGCGCCCAGAAGCUCCCCGCACGGCCAGCGGGCGACCACCCAGCAUGUGCCCCCGGCGCGGCCUCCUCCUUGUGGGCCUCCUCAGCUCCCUGGUCCACCUCAGUCUGGCUAGGAACCUCCCCACAGCUACGAGAGAGCCAGGAGUGUCCCAGCGCCUCCACUGGUCCCAGAGACUGCUGCAGGAAGUCAGUAACAUGCUGGAGACCGCCAGACAAACCCUCCAACCAUACUCCUGCACAGAAGAGACUGAUCAUGAAGAUAUCACAAAAGAUAAAACCAGCACAGUGGAGACAUGCGUGCCCCUGGAACUGAUCUCGAUUGAGAGCUGCCUGCCUUCCAGAAACACCUCUUUUGUGAAGGUCCAGUGCCUUCGGAAUAUCUAUGAGGACCUGAGGAUGUACCAGAUGGAGCUCCAGGCCGUGAAUGAAAAGCUUUUGAUGGAUCCUACAAGGCAGAUAUUUCUAGAUAAAAACCUCCUGGAAGCUAUUGAGAAAUUGAUGCAGGCCCUGAACUUCACCAGUGACCGCCCUGAACUGGAACAAAAAACUUCCCUUGAAGAUAUGAAUUUUUAUAAAAUCAAAACCAAGCUCUGCAUACUUCUGCAUGGUUUCAGAAUCCGUGCAGUCACUAUUUAUAGAAUGAUAAGCUAUCUGUAUUCCUAAAAAGCUGAGGUCACGCCCAGCCUGAAAGUCAUUUUUUGAUCCAAAGAAAUGGUAACAGGCUAUAGGUUGGGAACUGGGGAGGGGAUAGCUGGAAAUGUCCUGCUUAAGCUAGUACAAUAAUUUUCAUGCUGUUUACAUUCAUCACCACCCAAAAUUGAAGAAUGUGACAGUUUUGUUGACAUAAUACCUUUGAUCACAUAUAUUUCACAUUUGCUAUGGAUAAGUUGUGUUUAGAUUUUCAUGACAAAUUUACUAAAGAGGAAAAAUGUCCUCCCUAAAUGCUUUUCUUUUUUAAUAGAAAAGCAAAAAUUUAUAAGCUAUUUCUGUACCAAAGUAUUUGUAGAAACAAACACUCAGGCAUAAAGUAUUUUAAAAUAUUUAUUUAUAUAA